AUGGGUUUCUUAUACUCGCAGUUGUUCGUAACUCCCAAAUACCCUACCCGCUCAUUCACUGGCGAAACUUGCAUCGUCACCGGCUCUAACGUCGGUCUUGGAAAAGAGUGCGCUCGUCACCUUGCUCGUCUAGGUGCCGCCAAGAUCAUUCUCGCCGUCCGCAACACCUCAGCCGGCGAGCAAGCUCGGCAAGAUAUUGUCAAGACCACCAAAGUCGACCCAUCGGUUGUCGAAGUCUGGGAGCUAGAUCUCGGGGACUACUCCUCGGUCAAAGCAUUCGCCAAGCGUUGUGAAAGCCUCGACCGCAUCGAUGCAGUCAUCGAGAAUGCCGGUAUAGCCGCGAUAGAUUUCAAGCUCGUUGAGGGGCAUGAGUCAACCGUUACUGUCAAUGUUGUCAGCACCUUUCUCCUUGCGCUCUUACUUUUGCCAAAACUGAAAGAAGUUUCCAGAAAGUUCAAUAUCACUCCGCGCCUCACCAUUGUCUCGAGCGAGGUCCAUGGCUUCAGCGGCAUAGCCGAGCAAAUCAAGGACGCAGAUUCCAUCUUCCCAAUGAUCGACGACCCGAAGAAAUCCGACAUGUCGAAACGCUAUCCUCUCUCCAAACUCCUCGAGGUCCUCGUUGUGCGCGAGAUUGCUCCUAAGAUCAAUAGCGGCCAGGUAACCCUGAACAUGUUAAACCCAGGUCUGUGUCAUUCCAGCUUGACACGGGACGUAUCGGGUUUCCAAUUAUUGACUUAUACCCUCAUGAAAGCAAUACUGGCACGUACGACGGAGGUGGGCAGCCGGACGUUGGUCGCUGCUGCGUCUGUUGGCGAGGAGAGUCAUGGGAGAUACAUGCACGAUGGUAUGGUGAAUGAAGGCGAAGUGUCAGCUUUUGCGAAAAGUGACGAAGGAAGGAAGGUUGGUCAGAAGGUUUGGGCUGAGCUUGCGGGUAUUCUGGAAAAGAUAGAACCUGGUGUUACACAGAAUAUAUGA